CGAAAAAAAACGAGUAUUUAAAUGCAUCCUAAAACCUUGUUUUUUUAGCUUUGUAGGCUAAAUUUAUUAAAAAUGGCAUUUAGAAUCAAAAUUAAAAUACCAUUAAUAAUGAAAAUAAUAUCUAGAACAUUUAAUUAGCUUAAAAAUAUUUAAAUGAAAGCAAUACUGUGAUGAAAAAAAGGAUGGAAGAUAUUGUAAGUUAUAAAAGAAGUGAAUAAGCAAGAAUUUCUAGUUAAUAAAAUAAAAAAGACUUCGAAGAGAAAAAUAAAGAAGAAUUAUAAAAAACAAUCUAAAUAGAAGAACAUAAUAGGAAAAUGGAGGAAUAUGAAACAAGAAAAAAAAUAGAAAAAUAACUAUUAAAACAAAAAAUGGAAUUAAGAAAUGAAAUCAUUAAAGUUAAAGGAAAUUAAAUAGUUAAAAUAGGAGGAAUUAAAAUAGAAAAUAUGACAGAAGAAGAUUUCGUUUCAAUUGAUAUUAAUACUUUAUAUGAUUUGAAGAAAAAUGUAUAAAAUAAAAUCAAAGAAGAACAAGAAAAUAAAUAUAAAAAAGCUUUCACAAAACUUGAUUAUGAUAUUUUCUUUGCUAUUAAACUUGAAGAAAGAAAAAAACAAUAUACUGAAGAAAUGUAAUAGUUUAAACAUUAUAUAGAAAAAGAAUUUAAAUAAAAAAUAAUGACAGAAGCACUCAAAGCAUUCCAAGAUAAAGAAGCUUAAUUAUAAAAAGAAAAAGAAGCUGAAAGAAAUCAACCUUUUUAAUAAUAAUAAGAAUAACUUUUAUCAGAAUGUUCCUGGCGAAUAGUUUAAUAAAAAAACGAUGUUAUUUAAACAGAAGAAAUUUCUUAAGUAUAAUCAUCUAAAUUUUAAUAAAUAACUUAAGUUUAGGAAAGUGAUGCUGGUUGGCGAUAAAAUUUGCCUAAAUAAGACGAAAAACCAGUUAAAUAAGAAUAACCUGCAAUUUCUCGAGGUAUUCAUGGCUUAGUUGCAAACCAAAAAACAAAUGAUGAUAAUUUAUGGCGUACAAAAGAAGUAUAACCAACCUAAUAACUAACCUAAACAAAAUAAACAGUAGAUAUUGGCCCUCCUAAAAGAUUUAUUAAUAAUGCUAUAGGAAAUUAAGAUUAAAUGUCUAGAAAACUUCCUUAAAAUUAAUAAAACUUGUAAAAACCGACUACUGUAGUUAAUGAUAAUACUGGUGGAGGUAUUUUCAGUAGAAACAAAAAUUUCGAAAGUAAAUAAAGUUAAGGUCCUUAAAUUUCAAGAAACACAAAUUAGAAAAAAUGA